CCUCAGGGCUUCGACCGUCUCGGCUCUAACAGCCCAGAUGAUGCAACCCUGCACCUUGCCAGGUUGCAGCGCGGUCGCGAGUCCUGUCAGGGUUUCUGAGCUGUCAGCCUCUUGCAUCACAAAGGGGCAGAAGAUCUGGGAGAAGAGCAGUCCUUUUGGUCCUGAAUGCCUACAGAGCUGACGAGGUAGUUGACUCGAUACACAGAAGAGGUGGAAAAGACCUGAACUGCCUGAACAGGAAGCCAGGAGAUCCUCAUAAGUGACUGAUCUAUGAAAUGGCAGAGAAUGGAACAGACUGUGACCAGAGACGCAUAGGAAUGAUCAAAGAACAGCACAAUGGGAGUUUCACAGAUCCCUCUCUGGUGAGCGAGCGGAAGCGACGGGACCGAGAAGAGAGGUUGAAUAUCCUGCUCUGGAGACAACCACUGAUUACCUUGCAGUAUUUUCUCCUGGAAACGCUAAUAAACUUGAAAGAAUGGACCAUAAAAUUGUGGCAUCGCCGAAGUAUCUUGGUGUCUUUUUUACUGCUGCUUGCAGCGCUUACAGCUACGUAUUAUAUUGAAGGAAUACAUCAACAGUAUGUGCGGUAUAUGGAGAAAAAGUUCUUCUGGUGUGCCUACUGGGUAGGCUUGGGCAUUCUGUCCUCUGUUGGACUCGGAACAGGUCUUCAUACCUUUCUGCUCUAUUUGGGUCCACACAUAGCGUCCGUGACACUUGCUGCAUAUGAAUGUAACUCAGUUAAUUUUCCUGAGCCGCCAUACCCUGAUCAGAUCAUCUGCCCGGAAGAGGAAGGGGUGGAAGGAUCCAUCACCCUCUGGACCAUCAUCUCAAAAGUCAGGCUGGAAGCCUGCAUGUGGGGUGCUGGCACAGCUAUUGGAGAGCUACCUCCAUACUUCAUGGCUCGGGCAGCCCGACUCUCCGGUGCUGAGCCUGAUGAUGAAGAGUACCAGGAAUUUGAGGAGAUGCUGGAACACGCAGAGGCUGCACAAGACUUUGCCUCCCGAGCUAAACUGGCUGUUCAGAACCUGGUGCAGAAAGUUGGGUUCUUUGGCAUUCUGGCCUGUGCUUCGAUUCCAAACCCGCUCUUCGACCUGGCCGGGAUAACAUGUGGCCACUUCCUUGUUCCCUUUUGGACCUUCUUCGGUGCAACCCUGAUUGGGAAAGCAAUAAUUAAAAUGCACAUCCAGAAACUUUUCGUUAUUAUAACUUUCAGCAAACAUAUAGUGGAGCAGAUGGUCUCCCUAAUCGGUGCUGUCCCAAGUAUAGGUCCUUCUCUUCAGAAGCCGUUCCAAGAAUACUUGGAAGCUCAGCGGAUAAAACUCCACCACAGACCUGACAGUGGAGUGCCACAGGGGGAGAGCUGGUUAUCAUGGAUGUUUGAAAAGCUUGUCAUUGGCAUGGUUUGCUAUUUCAUCUUGUCUAUAAUCAACUCCAUGGCCCAGAGCUAUGCCAAGCGGCUGCAGCAGAAGAUGUACUCCGAAGAAAAGACCAAAUGAGCUGGGGAACCCCCCCCUCGAAAUGGUCUCUCUCAGACACGAAAGUGACAGGUGUUACCAUAUAUUUAAAAUCGGCAUUAUUCAAAACAGGAAAAAACUUUUUAAAAUCAUCAGGUUUUCAGCUGUAACAAGUUUUUCUUUUCUUUUGAAAGUAAUUCGGCUUUUAGAGCAGAACUUUCACUGACAAACUUUAUGUAUGUUAAGGUAAGGUUAACUCAGCCUGAGUUGUACAUGAAGGGGUGGUGUGUUAAACUCAUGUUUAACAUAAAUGCUGUCCAUUCCAAUUUACUUUCAAAAUUGAUUUGAUACUUAGCACAACUCCAGAUGCCCGACUAACUCGCAACCCGGCCUAAAAGUAAUGUCUUUAUUUUGAAGGAUGGCUCUUUCACUUCUCCUAAUUUCCAAGUCAUUGAAAUGUAUAUAAACGAUGAUAGAUUGGAUAGCAGUCUUGCAUGUUCCUCCUGAGAACAUUAUCCCACGUGAACGCUGAGAAAAGUCCUCCUGUACUGCACGUGCCUCGGUUGGGAAAGCCAGCCUGGCCAACUUCCUAUGGGUGUGAGCAGAGAUGGCUGCAGUCAGACUGGUGACACUAACGUUUUCUAUUCUGUAUAUUUAGAAUGAAGUUGAGAUAAAAACUUUAUAAAGUCAUCUUUGAUCAUUC